AAAAUAUGAGUGUAGUAACGCCAGGGCUAGCACCCACCUCCGGGAUGGCCAAUGACACUGUUAACAAGCUUUUGGACUUUUCUCAGAAAUUGGAUAUAGGUUUAUUGGAUAAUGUUGUUACUGCUAUGUAUUCAAGUACAGGAGAAGAGCAGAAGACUGCUCAAGAGGUUUUGACGACACUUAAAGAACACCCUGAUAGUUGGACAAAGGUUGACACAAUCCUGGAGUUCUCCAGCAAUCAGCAGACCAAAUACUAUGCCCUUCAAAUUCUGGAGUCAGUCAUCAAAACAAGAUGGAAGGUAAUUGGUGGAGUAUACAACUACUUAAUCUUAAAUUUAAACUGGAUUUGUGUCCAGGAGAGAACAUAUUUACAGAAACUAAACAUUAUACUUGUCCUUAUCUUGAAACGAGAGUGGCCACAUAACUGGGAAUCCUUUAUCCCAGAUAUUAUAGGAGCUAGUAAGACUAAUGAAUCCCUGUGUCAGAACAACAUGAACAUCCUUAAACUCCUCUCAGAGGAGGUCUUCGACUUCUCCAGUGGACAAAUGACACAGACAAAGGCUAAGCACUUGAAGGACUCUAUGUGUUCCCAGUUUAGUGAUGUGUUCACCCUCUGCCAGUUUGUAAUGGAUAACAGUAAUAACGCAGCAUUGGUGGGUGCAACUUUGGACACUCUUCUCAAAUUCUUGAACUGGAUUCCUCUUGGAUAUAUCUUCGAGACAAAGCUUAUACAGACACUCAUCGUCAAGUUUUUGAGUGUUCCAAUGUUUCGGAAUAUUACGAUGAAGUGUUUGACGGAAAUUGCAAGCGUUACAGUUACACACUACGACGAGAAAUUUGUUGCGUUGUUUAAUGAGGCAAUGGUACAGCUGGAAACAAUGUUACCUGUAGAAACAAAUGUCAAGGAUGCGUAUAAGAAAGGAUCAGAUGCAGAGCAGAACUUUAUCCAAAACCUUGCUCUCUUCUUCUGCACGUUUCUUAAGGAGCAUGGUCAGUUACUAGAGAAGCAAGGGGAUCAGGAACCAUUGCUUAAAGCUCUUCACUACCUUCUUCUAAUUUCAGAGGUUGACGACACAGAGAUUAGUAAGAUAUGUUUGGAAUAUUGGAAUUCUUUAGCAGCAGAUUUAUACAGAGAAUCUCCUUUCAGUUCAACUGGUAGUCCUCUCUUUAUGUCCCGGCCUAUCAACGCUGGAACCCCGGUCAGAAGAGGGUUUUAUCAACCUGUUCUUACAAAGGUCCGGUAUAUUAUGAUCUCGAAGAUGGCUAAACCUGAAGAAGUUCUAGUAGUUGAAAACGACCAAGGGGAGGUUGUAAGAGAAUUUAUGAAGGAUACAGACAGCAUCAAUAUGUACAAGAACAUGAGAGAAACUCUGGUCUAUCUCACGCAUUUAGAUAAUGUCGACACAGAGAGGAUCAUGACAGAGAAAUUGGCAAAUCAGGUGAACGGUAACGAAUGGUCCUGGAAGAACUUGAACACUCUGUGCUGGGCAAUAGGUUCUAUCUCUGGCUCAAUGCAUGAAGAGGACGAGAAGAGGUUUCUCGUUACCGUCAUCAAGGAUCUGUUGGGGUUAUGUGAGCAGAAGAAGGGAAAGGACAACAAGGCCAUCAUAGCCUCCAACAUCAUGUACAUCGUGGGACAGUACCCUCGCUUCCUUAGAGCUCACUGGAGGUUUCUCAAGACCGUGGUCAACAAACUCUUCGAGUUCAUGCACGAGACACACGAGGGGGUUCAGGAUAUGGCUUGCGACACAUUUAUCAAAAUAGCGCUCAAGUGUCGAAGACAGUUUGUUCAGAUUCAGGUGGGAGAAGUGAUGCCGUUUAUCGAUGAAUUAUUGUCCUCCAUAAACUCAAUUAUCUGUGACCUCCAGCCUCAACAAGUUCAAACCUUUUACGAGGCCGUCGGGCAUAUGAUCUCAGCAAGUAAUGAUCAGCAGCAGCAAGAGCAGCUUAUAGAGAAGUAUAUGAUGCUACCGAACCAAGUCUGGGAUGACAUUAUUAACCAGGCGAGUAAGAAUGUUGAAGUGUUGAAAGAUCAUGAAGCCGUAAAACAGUUGGGCAGUAUUCUGAAAACAAACGUCAGAGCAUGCAAAGCACUAGGGCACCCGUAUGUACUACAGCUGGGAAGAAUCUAUCUGGAUAUGUUAAACGUGUACAAGGUUAUGAGUGAAAAUAUUACAGCGGCAAUCACACACAACGGCGAACAGGUGACAAAGCAGCCGUUGAUCAAGAGUAUGCGUGUAGUAAAGAAGGAGACCCUGAAGCUGAUCAGCUGCUGGGUGGAGAGAUCUACAGAUCCUCAGAUGGUUCUAGAUAAUUUUAUACCACCCAUGCUGGAUGCUGUUCUAGCGGAUUAUCAGCGCUGUGCUGUUCCAUCGGCUAGGGAACCUGAAGUAUUAUCUGUAAUGGCCUGUGUUGUAAACAAACUGCGGAGCCACAUCACCCCUCAUAUACCCAAAAUAUUCGACGCGGUCUUCGAAUGUACCCUGGAGAUGAUCAACAAGGACUUCGAGGUCCAUCCAGAGCACAGGACGAACUUCUUCACACUUCUCCAGGCUGUAAACCUGCAUUGUUUCUCAGCUUUCCUUGCUAUUCCUCCACAGCAGUUUAAGCUGGUUCUAGACUCCAUCAUCUGGGCAUUUAAGCAUACUAUGCGUAAUGUAGCAGAUACAGGACUCAGUAUUCUAUACCAACUUCUACAGAAUGUUUCCAACCAUCCUGAUGCUGCCCAAUCCUUCUACCAAACCUACUACACUGAUAUCCUGCAGCAUAUGUUUAGUGUGGUAACUGACACCUCACACACAGCUGGACUAACCAUGCAUGCUACUAUCCUAGCGUAUAUGUUUACUCUGGUUGAGAACGGCAAGAUUUCUGUAGCCUUGGGUCAACCUACUAACAAUAUUCUAUUCAUACAGACCUACGUGGCAAACCUUCUGAAAACUGCAUUCCCACAUUUGUCUGAUAAUCAGAUCAAGAUUACCGUGACAGGACUGUUCAACCUGGACCAGGAUAUUCCACAGUUCAAGGACCAUCUUAGAGAUUUCCUCGUACAAAUUAGAGAAUUCACAGGUGAGGAUGAUAGUGACUUGUACCUGGAGGAGAGGGAAGCAUCCUUGAAGACUGCUCAAGAGGAGAAGAGGAAGGUUCAGCUCUCUGUUCCUGGGAUACUCAAUCCUCACGAGAUACCAGAGGAAAUGCAAGACUGAGUUUCGUCAAGUUCAGAACCACGACAUUGUACUUCUUCCAUCAGCCGACCCAAGUCCGUCUAGACUCUAGAAUAUUCCACGGAACAGGAAAACCAGCUCCCCUGAUCCAUCACGCAAAACUCAACAACUUUACGCCAUACACCGCCAUCUUUAGCCAACCUGAACAGUUGAUUUUUCAUGGGAUUUGUUAAAAAUGAUUUUCAGAUUUGUUAAAGCUAUUUUAAUGGAUUUUUUUAGUGCGUUACAUUAACGCUAAGCCAUUUAACAAAUUGUCGAUCAAAGUCGUAAUUUACGUCAAAAGUUGAUUUAUUAAUGGUCAUAUUAAUUCCGAAUAAAAUGAAAUUUAAGCUUGGAAUUUAGACGCUACUAAUAAUUGGCUGUUUUUAGGGUCCUCAAAUAUUUUUAAGCCAGUAUUUUUUUCAUUGACAUGCCAAAGAUGGGUCAGUUUAGUGAAUUACGGGUUUUUUGUUACUCCAAAUGGUGUAGAGGAUGUAACGCAUGUUAGAUGCUUUUAAUAGUGGUCUGGGCUUUUUUAAAGCAAAUUGUCGACAAAUUCAAUAUUAUUUUUCUUCAGUUUAAUCCCGGUAAAAUGGCUCUAACAUUUAAUAUGUACAGUGUACACUAUACAGUAUACAGUAUCCUUAUUAUACUGUACAAUUAAUACGCUGUAGUAUGUAUUGAAGUGCAUUUUAUUUUUCAAACUGUAGCAUGUACUUGGUACAAUUUAUACAUUUAUGUACGCAGAAUAUUGAAAACUGUACUCUUGUCAUACAGUACAGCUGUUCUGUACAAUGGAUGUACAUGUAAGUAGUUUCGCGAACAUCUUGCGGCUUUUCUGUAACGAACUGUAAUAAAUGUAAAUUAUUUUC